UCGCCGUGUGUUUAAACAAUUUCUUACGAAUUACAAAUAAAACUAAUAUAUAAACAACCUAAUUUAACAUUAGGGUAAUGCUUCUUAGACUACUUAGAAACCAAACAUUCAUUCGUAGAUUUUCAUUAGCAGAAACGAUAGAAGAUAAGACUAAAGUUUUACCACAGAUAUUGCCGAAGAUGGGAGAUACGAAGGUGUUUAAGCGAAAGUACGAUGGAAGAUCGAAGAAACGACAGUGGGAAGACAGGCGAACGGAUAAGGGUGCUGGCAUUCGGGAUCUCGAAGAACCCAAAAAGACGAAAGUCGAGGAAGAUUUGGAUUUAACAGCGGAUAAUAAUAAAAUUAAACGAAGGAAAUUCUGUUUAUUAUUGGGAUAUUCGGGUACCGAUUACUUCGGCAUGCAGAGAAAUCCGAACACGAAAACUAUCGAAGAAGAUCUACUGCACGCUCUUCACAAAGUUGAUCUUAUAGACGAGGACUGUUAUAAUCAAGUUCAAAAUAUGCAGUUUCAGAGGUCCUGCCGGACAGAUAAAGGGGUAUCUGCAAUACGUCAAAUAGUAUCGUUAAAGCUAAAAGAAAAUAUAGAUAUAGCGAAAAUAAACGAACAACUACCCGAAGUAAUUAGAGUGUUCGGUUACAAAAGAGUGACCAAAGGAUUCAAUUCGAAAACCCAAUGCGAUGGUAGAACUUACAUUUACCUAACACCCACUGUAGUUUUCGCCCCGCACGAGAAAGAAGUCUCGCAGAAGGAUUUUCGAUUAGACGAUGAAACAUUUACCAGGGUUAAUAAAUUACUCGAGAACUUUUUGGGUACAAAGAAUUUCCACAAUUACACGUCAAAGAAGAAACCAAACGAUCCCAGUGCUCACAGGUUUAUGAAAUCAUUUGUAAUGGAGAAACCGUUCGUUAACAAUGGAGUGGAAUUCGCCAUAUUAAAAGUGCACGGGCAAAGUUUUAUGUUACACCAAAUAAGGAAAAUGAUUGGUGGAAUAUUAGCGGUAGUUAGAGGAUUGGCGACUGAAGAUCUUUUACCUAAUUCAUUUAAAUCGGAGAAAGUUGUUAUACCAAGAGCGCCUGGCUUAGGAUUGAUGUUGGAAUAUGUACAUUAUGAUAGAUAUAAUCAUCGAUACGGCAGCGACGGUAUCCACGAAGCAAUAACGUGGGAGGAGUGUGAAGAUCAAGUAAAGGAGUUUAAAGAAAAAUACAUAUUUCCAACAAUAAUAGAAACCGAAAUCAAGGAGGAGCCGAUGAUUUAUUGGCUGCAUAAUAAAUUAGCUAGACAUGCGUAUGAUAAGGAAGAAAACGAAAGUGACAAUGAAGGAGGCGAUGAUGAGGACGAGAUCAAGGAAGAUAUAGUUAAAAAUGAAGAAACUUGUAAAAGUAAUGAAAAUAAACAGGAAAAUGUUUGAGUUUAGUGUUAGCGUUUUCACUGAAAUUUUUAUAAUUCAUGAUACAUUUUAGAACUCAAUAAAAUGCAGAAUUUGU